CUUCCUCUUCCCCCCUUUCUUUUUCUUUUUUCUUUCUAAAUAUAAACAAGUUACUUUUUAUAUAAUGGUACUUGGUGUUAGUAAUCCUUUUAGGUCAAAAUGGAAACAAAAGUCGACAACUAUUGAAAUGAAGGACGAAAGCAGUACAGCUGAUUCCAAAAGAACCUCGGCUAAAAAAAGUAAAGAUAAGACUGCACCGUUUAAUUCGGAUAGUCUGUUGAAUGGAAUUGGUGAUUAUAUAUUUCAAUCCUCUUUGGGUGAUGGAAAAUUUAGUAAAGUCAUCUUGGCCAAACAUUAUCUUUCAGGAGAAUUAGUGGCAAUCAAGAUGAUUAAUAAAAGGGCUCAUGAAUAUCGUGUUAUGUCAAGGCUUGUCCGAGAAAUAUCAUUAAUGGAGAUUUUGGAUCAUGAAAACAUUGUUCAUCUAAAAGAGACGAUUGAGACAGCCGAUGCACUCUAUCUCGUUAUGGAGUAUGUCAAGGGGCACAACUUGGAAGAAUAUCUAAAGUCAUUAAAUAAAAGUUAUUUGCCUGAACAUGAAGCAAGACUUAUCUUUCGUCAGCUGGUAAAGGCGGUAGAUCAUUGUCAUUCAAAGUGGGUGGUACAUCGAGAUUUAAAGGCACCAAACAUAUUGCUAACACCUGAACAUCAAGUAAAAUUAGCUGACUUUGGUUUAGGAAAUAGAUUUGGUUUACAUCGUCUAAAUACAAUCUGUGGCUCUAUGCUCUAUUACAGUCCUGAAAUCAUCAGUGCAAGAGCUUAUGUUGGCCCUGAAGUCGAUUGUUGGUGUCUUGGCAUCAUCUUGUUUAGAAUGACUGCAGGCUAUGAACCAUUUGCCCAUGCCAAAACUGUUUCUGAACUCAAGAAAUAUGUCAUUGGCAGACAUUAUAAAAUACCCACUCACCUGAGUCCUGCGUUACAGGACACUAUCCAAAAAUGUCUAUCCGUUGAAAAGUACGAAAGAUUAUGUUUACGUUCGUGCCUUAGUGGCGAUCCUUGGCUGAACAACUACGGUGAAUUAGAAGACGUAUUUAGUGAGCGUAUCCAAAGUCCUUUUUAUCAUGCCAUUGAAGCGACUGAAGCCUACGCUGCAUCGGGUCGAGCUGAUGAUAAGGCAAAACUACAGAUCGCUUCAAAAAACACAAAGAUGGUCUGUAAGCGUGAUCUGGAGGAAGAGAAAAGAAGAGGAAAUAAAGUUCCCAAGACGAUCAUCUAUCACAUUACUAAUCCUUCGACCUACUUUACUGGACAAGCACCACACUCAUCCAAGAUGCCUAUCGACUUGGACGCACAAUCUGUCGUUCGUUCAGAGUUACAUCAGAACAUUAUGGUUUCACUAAAACAAAUCAAGCUACAAUCUAUACACCAAUUGACGGAAUUAAAAUCCCCUAUUAGCCAUCUAUUUCGCAAAUUUAAACGAGCCGAUAUCGUGAUUGAUCAGCAUACCGAGCCAAAACAGAUUAGGAAGGCAGCAUCUGCACUCAGCCUGUCGCAGAUCUAUCAACGCGUUACCAAAGACCAUAUUAGCUACUAUACCCUACAGUGCAAAGUUAGAAGCGGAUCUUCAACUACAGUCGUAUCAGGUUAUUCUACGACAUCUUCCACACUAACUGCUGUCGAACGAAGACCCAGACGACUCUCUCACCGUGUGUCAGUCACAUUUAAUGCACAACAGCAGCCCCAAGCACAGUCAAAGGAUGAGGAGCAUGAACAGAGCCAAGAAGAAAUGAUCAAGAUGAUACGACUCGUAUGUGAACUGCUUGGUAUUACCUACUACCAAAAUUCGAGUCACCAACUUGUAUGUCUACUUACUUUACGAAAUUUCAAAAAACCAACACAAUAUGCCACUACGUCAAAUGGCUCAUCACUAUUUCGAUCCAAACUAUUCAGCUCAAACGAUAAACUGUCCGAGAUGCAUCGACAACAUCAAAAGGCAACAACUUCAUCCUUUGCAAGCGUUAAUUCUGCUAAUCCAAGCUCAAUUCAGCACAUUCAUCCGGGAUGGUGGACAAGACAAGUACAGCGACUUUCAUCUAAUCACUCUUUACUUACCUCUUCUUCAGCAGCUGUUGGCAUGAUGCUCAAUAAGAAGAGGAGUAGUCAUGACCUACUUUCGAUGGGAAGAAUGACACAGGAACAGCAGAUGAAACUACAGCCUUCAAAUAGUGAAGAAGAUAAUAAUGAUGGAUAUGUUAUAUUGACAAUAGAUGCACUAUCAGUUAAUCAUCAAAGUCAUGAUGAAGGACAGAUUGUCGCCGUCAGAUACUCAAAAGUGAAAGGAUCAACCAAAGUAUUUAAGCUAGCCAAAGGUUGGAUUCAAAUGAUAUUAAAGUCUCCAUCGACAGACAUAAGAUCCGUAACAGCCAAAAGCAGCUAUGACUGUGUAAGUCAGCAUGCACAAUAUACCACUGCUACUAGCACCACCACCACAUCCAUUCACUAAAUAUUGUACAUCAUAUUACUUAAUUGUCAUCACAUUUUAUAUCUCUUAUUUGUAUAUGUCGCAUAUGUGUAUGUAUUACUAGUAAAUAAACAACAACCUGUAUUUCUUACAAAUGAAGGGGGGAUUAUUUAAACAAUAUUCAUAAAUGUUGAUGAGCAAGUUUUUGUGUGUGUGUUUUUCUUGUUUUUAUUGUUUCUUUGUACUUGCUCUUUAAAUUAUUGGUAUAAAUAGCUGGUUUCUACAUAGAAAGAGGAUGAUGAUAUAAUGAGCGGUAUAUGAGAUGUGUAAUAAGGAUUCAUAAUAGGUAAAAGAAUGUGUAUUUUUCAUAUAAACUCUAUGAAUGAAAGUGACCUUGUUCGACUAGAGCUUGUAUAAAUGAUUCAAUAAAAGGUAUAUAGUUGUGUCUCUUUCGGAUAUAGUUCUUUUGGUAUAUUUCAUCUUUUUCGUCCUCCAAG